AUGCCUCGACCCGGCCUACCUCCUACACCCGGGUCGUCCACCGAUCUCAAGGCAAAAGACGGCGCCAGUCAAAUCGCCUCGCUCCACCUGGCGUUUGAGUUGCCCCCUCCUGCCCUCCACGACGCCGCGCGUACAUCCCCGGAUAAGCUCUUCCCCGGAACGACCUCUGUUGCCGCCCACCACAGCCACGAGCAGCAGCCGCACCAGCAGCAGCAAGCGAGCCCGCCAUCCUAUCCAAUGCAGGCUGCCGAGACGGUCAAGGCUCGCCGUCGUUCCUCUGCUGCCACCGCCGCCGCCGCCAAAGAAACCAAGGACGUCAACGGCAGCGCCUUUGCCCUGCCGCCGCCGCCGACCCGCUCCCGCAAGAUUAUCCAGAUGAAGCCCCGGCAAGAGGACGCGGUACCCUCCUCCGCCUCGAAAGACGGCACCGCUGGAAAGGGAGGAGCAUCAGGAGCGGGCGGCAAGGUGGCCAGGGCGACGGCCAGCACGGGGAAUGGUGGUAGCGUCGCCGCCGCAGGGAGCGCGUCCGGCAAGACCAGCAGCGGCAAGAAACAGCCGAGCGCGACGAGCGCGGCCGGACGCAAAAUUGCCCGCAAAACGGCGCACAGCCUAAUUGAGAGGAGGCGGCGCAGCAAGAUGAAUGAGGAGUUUGGGGUGCUCAAGGAUAUGAUUCCCGCCUGCACCGGCGACAUGCACAAGCUGGCCAUUCUGCAGGCAUCGAUUGAGUAUAUCCGCUAUCUCGAAGACUGCGUGUCGCAGCUCAAGGCCCAACACAGCGGCGACGGCGACCGCCGUGGCGGCGACAUUUCUGCCUCGGGCAACCCGCUACCGUCGAUUCGCGAAUUUCACCCCACCUUUCACGGCGACGAGCCGGCCGAUGUCGAAAUGUCUGAUUCGGAAGCCGUAUCGCCCACAUUCACCGCACGCCCCGAUAGCCAACACUACCAUUACUCGACGCCGCAGCAGCAGCAGCAGCACCAUCACCAGCCGUCCGUCUCGCCGGCUCUGCACGCGCAAGACGCUCGCUCGCGGCACCACUCGUACUCGUCGACAACAUCAGCAGAAUACCGCCAUCACGGAAGCUUCACGCUGUCGGCCACGCCGUCGCCCGCGUUUGGGCCUCAGCGUCACGGGCCCUACGCGAGGAGCAGCACGUCCACGUCGGCGGCAUCGACGGUGACGAGUCCCGCGCUUAACCCGCAGACGACGGAGCUGGACCACGAGGCGACGGCGGCGCUGCUGAUGCUCAACGCGGACCGUCGGGGCAUGACAGCCAACGCGCGGGGGCUGUCUGUUCGUGACUUGCUAAGCGGGUGA